AUGAGGGCUUCUUCAUUGUUAGGGUCCGCGGCGGCCGGUCUGCCCACCCUGCUCCUCGCCUUGUUUUCGCCCAUCGCACACGCCCAGUCGUUCGAUGCCGUCUCGAUUCCCGACCUCGACCUCUCCUCACUGGGCCGUGUGACCAUCACCGGUGACUUUGAGGGUGUCUCGCUGUACGAAUAUGAGGGCCAAUCCGAAAUUACACAGCGACCUGGAUAUUCGAUUCUCACCCCGCUUCCCAAUGGCAUCCUGACAAAUCUCACCUCCGCCGACGCACAGAUCCGUGACAUGUGUGCCUUCACCCAAAAGGAUGGAACUUUCGCUGGGAUUUUUGUCGGUGGAAACUUCUCAAGCUUGGGUGGAGUCGACUCGCCCGGCGCGGCCCUUUUUAACCCCAACUCCAGCAAGGUUACUGCCCUGCCCGGUCUGAAGGGCUCCGUCUCGACUGUGCUUUGCGACCAGGAUACCAAUCGCGUCUAUGUCGGCGGAUCAUUCACCUACGGAAAGACCAAGAACGCUGUUGCCUGGUCUCCUGACGACGGCUGGACCAAGCUCGCUUUUGAUGGCCUCAAUGGUCCCGUUGAGUCGAUCUUGAAGACCAGCGACGGCCACAUUGUGUUUGGUGGAUCUUUUGAUGGUAUCGGUAACUCAACUCACUCGUCGAAGAACACGAAGCAGGUUCUCAACCUGCAGAAUGCGACCAUCACAUCCGACACCGACUCAUCCCUCAGCGGCUACUCUGAUAACCGAAACAUCAUCUGCUCGACUAGUGGCAAGGCCGCUGCUGGUCAAACAUAUCUGCUUCACGACAAUGCCCCAGGAUUUUGGCGCGCCGACCUUGGUUUCGACUUCUUCCCGACGAAGAUUCGCCUCUACAACACUCAUCUGGAUGGUCGGGGCACUAAAGAUUUCCUCUUUCGCGCCCUUCCCGACACUGGUAUCAUGAACCUGACCUAUACCGACGAUUCUGGAAAUAAACAGUCAUGCGAUUCCUCCUGCCCGCUUUCAUCCAGCACCACCGAGAAAUACCGCGACUUCACCCUUGUCAACCCCGUCGGCAUGCGUGGAUUUGAGAUCGAAAUUCUUUCAUGGUAUGGCCAAGGCGCUGGAUUGAAUGGCAUCGAGGUUUUCCAGGACCAGAUCGUCACCUAUGCUGUCGACAAGUACAACGAGCCAUCCUGUGCUGGCAUUGAAUACGCGGCAAAGUCGGCACACACUGGUUCCUGGACCAUCAAGGAUGGCGGGUAUUUGUCUGCCCAGGUCACCGAUUCCACGGCCGACGACACUUCUGUCGUUUUUAAACCCGAUAUCAAGGAAUCGGGCUACUACACCGUCAAGGUCUUCACCCCCGGGUGUACUGAGGACAAUACUUGCGCCUCUCGUGCCCAGGUUAACGUGACGGCGACUCUCUCGACCGACUCUGAUAAAUCUCAGCCUUCCCCCAAGAUCAUCUCCCAGACCAACAAUUACAACAAGUACGAUACGUUGAGCGAGUCUUCUGUAUAUGUUGACGCCGCCAGCGACUCCUUCCGCCCUUCCGUCACCCUUCGGCCCAUUGUUGGGCAAGGAGAUAUCACUGUUGUUGCAUCGCGUGUUCAAUUUCAACUGGUCAAUGGCACUGCCACCUCCGAUGACUUAAACGGACUCUACGACUUUGAUCCUUCUUCCAAGAACCUCAACACCACCGAUCUUGACAAAUCAGAUAUCAACAAGGCUGGCUCGUCGCUCAACCACAACGCCUCGGUUAUUACCCUGGCUCAAAAUGACGAUGUUAUCUACGUUGGAGGAAAUUUCUCUUACAAGACCAUCCACAAUAUCAUGUCCAUCACCGAUGGCAAUGCUACCGCGAUGCCGGGCGGUGGUCUGAACUCCCUGGUGCUGUCUACAGCUACUCUUGACAGCACUCUGUAUGUUGGAGGUCAGUUCACAGACACUUCUGACGGCGGUGUUGAUGGACUCAGCUAUGUUGCAUCUUACUCCUUCUCUUCCAAGAAGUGGGUCUCCCUGGCGGUCAACGAGACUACCAUUGCCGUGAGCGGUGAUUUCAACAAAAUCCUUGCCCAUGGUGAUAGUCCUGCGGUCUUCGUUUCCGGCUUCGCAAUUUGGGUUCCUUCUCAGGAGGUCUGGUUGCAGUCUCUCAAUGAUACCCAGAUGGAGUUUGCUGGUCGCCUGUCUGCUGUGACUACCCACAACGACACUUCGCUUCUGGCUGGCAGCCUUGCCACGAAUGGAUUCAACGCAGGUGGAGCAGUCUCCUUGUCAGAAAGCGAUGAUGAUCUUGAUCUGAUUCCCUUGCCCAUGAAGUUGGAACACCCCAGCACCAAAUCUGGGUCUGAUGCCAGCCAGGGGGUGAUUACCGGCGUCUAUGAUACCUCCUCCGACCGCAACCUUACCAUUCUUGGUGGCCGAUUCACCACGACUGCCACCAAUGGUUCCACCGUUAACAAUGUCGCUUUCCUGAAUGGUACCGCAGAGACUCUCACAGGUCUCCCCAUGGGCUUGCAAAGUAACUCUUCUAUCAUCUCCAUGCUUGUGCACAAUGAUACCCUCUACCUCGGUGGAAAUAUCACAGGAACCAUUGGCGGUGAAAAUGUGAGCGGCUUGGUGACAUACGAUUUGGUUAACAACAAGUUCGCAGAGUCCCAACCUUGGUCGCUGAGAGGUCAGACUAACACUGUCAACGCUAUCGCUCACCGACCGGGCUCAUCUGAAGUCUACGUCGGUGGUGACUUUGUAUCAGCUGGAACCCUUCCUUGCAACACUGUCUGUAGGCUGGAUGCCUCGGAUAACUCUUGGCUAUGGCCUUCAUCCGAUAUCAGUGGAUCUGUGAUUGCUCUCAAAUGGGCGAACAAGAAGACGCUGUAUGCCGCAGGAGAAAUUAACAUCAGUGGAAACAAGAGCGCUAUUGCCACCUUCAGUACCACGUCUAGCUCUUGGACUUCCUUCCCAGGUUCAUCCAAGUCCGAGAUUCCGGGCAAUAUCACUGCAUUUUCUCCCGCCAGCGAAGACAUCAGCGAGUUCUGGAUCGCGGGUUUAUCGACCAACGGCUCAGCCUUCAUGAUGAACUACGAUGGCUCCAACUUCAAGUCUCCCGGCAACUUGUUCUCCGAAGGCACCCUCAUCCGGGGCAUGGAGGUUCUCCCAGUCAACCAGGACCACUCAUCUGUUUCUCUCUUGAACAACGACCAGAUCCUCCUGAUCAUGGGUGAUCUGAUCAUCCCGGAUUUCGGCAACGCAUCUGCAGCGCUCUACAACGGCACCGCAGUCACACCCUUCAUCCUGUCUUCCAAAUCCGACGGUUCCCCUGGCAGCAUGUCCCACCUCUUCUCCGAGAACGAGAAUCCCUACUCGAGUGGCAGCGAAAGCCACCACUCAAACGGCAUCGUCGUCCUCGUCGCCUUCUGCUGCGCCCUGGGCUGCGUAUUCCUCAUCGUCGCCGCCGGCGUCAUCCUGAACAAGAUCCAGCGCCGCCGCCAAGGUUACGCCGCGGCCCCGCAGACCUUCGGCACAGACCGACCUUCAGACAUGACCCGUCUGCCACCAGAGUAUCUAUUCAAUUCUCUCGGCCAUACGAACCCCACCGCGCCAACAAUCUAA